AUGGAAACAGCAGCUGAGGAUAAAAUGAAGGAGAGGGACAACGACUGGACAAAGCAUUUUGCAGAUCAGAGCGAGAAGGCUGUUCCCUUUGAAAUCAUUGGAACAUUUUUGCCUUUGGCUUUUGAAGAAGCAAGGAGGAAAAGGAGCUUGGAGGCACCCCUGGAGCCCACUGCUUUCCGAACACACUACCAGCUCAGUGCAUAUGGGCAGGUCUUCCAGCUCAACCUGACUGCUGAUGCAGGCUUCAUUGCUGCUCAGUACACUGUGACACAUGUAGGGUCCCCAAAAAAGCAGUUCUCCCCUGAUUUACGCCACUGUUUCUACCGUGGGCAUGUCAAUGCACAGGAGACACACAUGGCUGUCUUCAGCAUCUGUGGUGGCUUGAUGGGCACCUUUAAGGCACAUGAUGGUGAAUAUUUUUUAGAACCUCUGAUGAAAGCAGAUGGAGGUGAUCAUGAAGACGAACAUAACAAACCACAUCUUAUAUACAGGCAUGAAGAAUUUAAAAGAAAGUAUCAGAAAUCCCAUAAACCUUGUGCAGUUUCAGAAAAAGAGUUGAAGAAAAGCACUUUACUACAUCCAAACUUCAGCAGGUUAAAUGAGGAGAUAAAUGUUUUACACAAGUCCCCCAUUUUAGACUAUGCUUUUAAAAACCUAUCUGCGGAGGACAGUAGCAAUAAUCCACAUUCCCGGAAAAAACGUUUUCUUUCCUAUCCAAGAUACGUGGAAGUGAUGGUUACAGCUGACACCAAAAUGGUUCGUCAUCAUGGACAGAAUUUACAGCACUAUAUAUUAACGCUGAUGUCAAUAGUUGCAGCAAUCUAUAAAGAUUCAAGUAUUGGAAAUCUUAUAAAUAUAGUUAUUGUAAAGUUAAUUGUAAUUCACAAUGAACAGGAAGGACCAACUAUCACUUUUAAUGCAGCUACGACUCUUCGUAACUUUUGCUUAUGGCAGCAAGCACAAAACAUUUUGGAUGAUGCUCACCCUUCUCAUCACGAUACUGCUGUUCUUAUCACUAGGGAAGAUAUCUGCAGAGCUAGAGAGAAGUGUGAUACUCUUGGUUUAGCAGAGCUAGGUACAAUGUGUGACCCACUACGCAGCUGUUCUAUAAGUGAAGAAAAUGGAUUAAGUGCUGCUUUUACUAUAGCACAUGAGCUUGGACAUGUAUUUAAUGUGCCUCAUGAUGACAGUUUUAAAUGUAAAGAAGCUGGAAUUAAACAUCAAUAUCAUGUGAUGGCUCCAACUUUAAAUUACCAUACAAGUCCAUGGACCUGGUCAAAAUGCAGUCAAAAAUAUAUCACUGAAUUUCUUGAUACUGGUUAUGGUGAAUGUCUCCUAGACAAACCGAGUGGAAGAAUAUAUGAUCUUUCCUCUCAGCUGCCUGGAUCAGUGUAUGAUGUCAAUAAGCAGUGUGAACUUAUGUUUGGUCUUGGGUCACAAGUAUGCCCCUAUCUGAAACAGUGCAAACGUUUAUGGUGCACAAGCACAGAAGGGGUUCACAAGGGUUGUCGUACUCAGCACAUGCCUUUGGCUGAUGGAUCGGUUUGUGGUGUGGGAAUGCACUGCCGCCAUGGAAUUUGUGUGAGCAGAGAAAUGGAGACACGUCCUGUAGAUGGAGAAUGGGGACCUUGGGGACCUUAUAGCUCGUGUUCAAGAACCUGUGGAGGUGGAAUUAAGAGCACCAGCAGGCUAUGUAGUAGACCGGAACCGAGAAAUGGAGGAAAGUACUGUGUGGGCCGCAGGAUGAAAUUUCGAUCAUGUAAUACUGAUUCCUGUCCAAAGGGCAAAAAAGAUUUCCGGGAACAACAGUGCUCUGAAUUUGAUGGCAAACAUUUUAACAUCAAUGGUCUUACCUCUGCUGUUCGCUGGCUUCCAAAAUAUAGUGGUAUUUCCAUGAAAGAUCGCUGUAAACUUUUUUGCCGAGUUUCUGGAACAACUUCCUACUAUCAGCUGAAGGACAGAGUUGCUGAUGGUACUCCCUGUGGAGCGGAAACCAAUGACCUUUGUGUUCAAGGCUUAUGCAGGCAAGCUGGCUGCGAUCACGUUUUGAAUUCCAAGGCAAGGAGAGACAAAUGUGGAAUCUGUGGUGGCGAUAAUUCUUCGUGUAAGACUCUUGCAGGUACUUUCAACAGUGCUCGUUAUGGUUACAAUGUUGUAGUGAAUAUUCCCAAAGGAGCAACAAACAUUGAUAUUCGGCAGCACAGCUACUCAGGGAAACCGGAAGAUGACAACUACCUCGCUCUAUCUGAUAUUCAUGGAAAUUUUAUCUUGAAUGGAAAUUUUGUUGUAAGCAUGUCAAAAAGAGAAAUCAAUAUACAAGGAGCUACUUUCGAGUACAGUGGUUCAAACAAUACUAUAGAACGAAUUAACAGCACUGAUAGAAUUGAGGAAGAGCUAACUUUACAGGUUAUUUCAAUUAAGAAUUUAUACAACCCUGAUGUGCGUUAUUCAUUCAAUAUCCCAAUAGAAGACAGAAGCGAUCUGUUCAUGUGGGAUCCCUAUGGACCCUGGCAGGACUGCAGCAGAAUGUGCCAAGGCAUUCGAAGAAGAAGAAUGACAUGCAUACGUAAAAGUGAUCACGUGGUAGUGUCUGAUCAAAGAUGUGAACUUACACCUUCUGUACCAGAAGUCUUUGAGGAGUGUAAUACAGAAUGUGAGUUAAGGUGGCACAGUAUUGGCAAAAGUGACUGCACAUCAAAGUGUGGCCCAGGGUAUCGGUCUUUAGAAAUCCAUUGCAUGAAGUACUCUGUUUCAAAAGGACUCAGUGCUCCCGUGGAUGAUAAGUACUGUGCUGAUCAGCAGAAACCACCAGCCAGAGAGCCCUGUCAUGGUGACUGUGUGUUAACAAGUUGGCACUACACAGAAUGGUCAGAGUGUUCAAGGAGCUGUGAAAGAGGUGUCAGAACCAGAGAAGCUUUUUGUAUGAACAAUUUGGGUCGUCGUCUUCCUGACAGAGAAUGCCAUGAACUUCCAAGAAUCGUAACACAGAAUUGCAAUGAAUUCUUAUGUCCAAGCUGGUCUGUUAGUGAGUGGAGUGAGUGUCCUGUGACAUGUGGCAAAGGAAUGAGACAUCGACAAGUAUGGUGCCAACUUAAUGAUGAACAAAUGAGAGAUGAUUUCUGUAAUCCAAAUGAUAGACCAGAAUCAGUAACACCAUGUGAACUUCAUGAAUGUGCAUCUUGGCAAGUUGGGCCUUGGGGAUCAUGUGCUGUAACAUGUGGCCACGGAUACCAGAUGCGUGCAGUCAAAUGUGUUGCUGGGACUUACAGAGUUAUUUUGGAUGAUGACAGAGAAUGUAAUGCUGCUACUCGUCCUAGAGACAAUCAAGAAUGUGAAUUGCCCCCUUGUCCAGAAAAUACAGAAUUAUGGACUACCUCACUUCCUCAGAUUCAUGUGGGGAAGGUGACUCAAUGGAGAUAUGGAUCGUGGACCCCAUGCUCUGCAUCCUGUGGAAAAGGUGAUCGUGCUCGCUAUGUGAGUUGUAGAGAUGCUCAUGGAGGAAUAGCAGAUGAAUCUUUCUGUGCUCAUUUACCACGACCAGAUGAAAUUUCAAGCUGCUUUAGCCCAUGUGGAGAGUGGCAAGUUGGAAAUUGGUCCCCUUGCACAGUUACGUGUGAUAGUGGAGUAGUAACGAGACAAGUUAUCUGUGUCAACUAUCAUCAACAAAUCAACGAGAAUUACUGUGAUCCCGAGGGCCGUCCUUCCAAAGAACAGGAAUGCAACAUGCCGCCGUGUCCGCCAGUUUAUCAUCAUAUUCCUAAAAUACAUGAUCGUCCAAGCCAUUUUCCAGAAAUAGAUUACUUUCCAAUACACUAUCCACAAGAUAAUGUAAACCGGUGGAACCAUCCUUCUAUGGGAGGAUAUCAAUGGAGAACUGGACCCUGGGGAGCAUGCUCUAGUACUUGCGCAGGUGGAUUUCACCGUCGGGUUGUAGUAUGUCAAGAUGAGGAAGGAAGAAGUGCUAGUUACUGUGAUGAGGCAACAAAACCUCCAGAGUCAAGACACUGUGAUUCUGGACCCUGCCCACGUUGGAACUAUGGGAAUUGGGGAGAAUGUACUCAAACAUGUGGAGAUGGAAUAAAGACAAGACUGGUGAUUUGUCAGCUUCCUACUGGCCAAAUGUUGGGUGAUCAAAACUGUGAAAUUCUAGACAAGCCACCUAAUAUGGCACAAUGUAAUGUGCAUUCUUGCCCUGGUGAUGUUUCAUGGCAUCGGGGACCAUGGAGAUCGUGUUCUGUUUCCUGUGGGAAAGGUUUGAAGUAUCGCGAUGUGCAUUGUUUUAAUAGCUUCCAAGCUAAAAUAGAGGAAGGAAACUGCAGCCAUUUAAAAAAACCACGGACAUACAAAAUCUGUAGAACUGGAAGAUGUCCUGCUUGGAAAGCUAACAAAUGGAAAGAGUGUUCAGUAUCCUGUGGUGUGGGGAUUCAACAAAGGGACAUCUACUGUCAGCUGAAGGGUCUGGGUCAAGUGAACGAAGCAAUGUGUAAUCAUGAUACUCGGCCCCCUAGCAAAAGGCACUGUUGGCUGCCUGCCUGUGUGCAGUACAGGUGGUUGACGGAUGAAUGGGAAGAUUGCUCAACAUCACACAGAAGAAAGGAAGUACACCGGAAAGUUAAGUGCGUAGAUGAAAACCAGAUCCAAGUGGAUGAAAAAUUCUGUGAUCCUGCCAUAAAGCCUCCAGCAACCAAAAAUUGCAGGAUUGCUCCCUCUAAAUAUGUUGUACUUACAGGAGAAUUGUCACAGUGUUCAAACAGCUGUGGGUUUGAUUACCAGCAGAGGAUCACAUACUGUGUUGGAAUCUAUUCUAUUCAAAAUAAACAUGCCUAUGGCCUACGAACUGUAGCAUAUCGAGAGUGCCCAGUAAUGCCCUCCCCAUACAUUUAUAAAUGUAAUAUCAAAGGAUGUUCACGAGGAGCUACUUGGAAAGUGGGGAAGUGGACUAAGUGCUCAGUGGCUUGUGGAGCGGGGGUAAAGGAAAGAAUAGUAGAAUGUAUGACUGAAAAUGGCUUAUCCAGUGACUUGUGCCUGCCACGUUUAAAACCAGCUGCCAGAAAGAUCUGUCAUGCAGAGGAAUGUGAAAUUCUCACCACCUGCAAAGAUGUCCAGACUAAAAAAGGAAUUAGAAAGGAUGGUGAAUACUUACUUAACAUUAAAGGAAGGAUGAUAAAGAUUUAUUGUUCAGGCAUGCACUUAGAGAAUCCCAAAGAAUAUUUGACAUUGGUAAAAGGUGAAGCAGACAACUUUUCUGAAGUAUAUGGAUUGAGGUUACAGAAUCCGUAUGAAUGUCCUUUCAAUGGAAGCAGACGGCAAGACUGUGCCUGUCGAAAUGACUACCUUGCAGCUGGCUUCACUAUUUUUAGCAAAAUAAGAUUUGAUGUAGCCUCCAUGCAAAUCAGAACCACAGAUUUUCUUUUUGCUCAGACUGUGCUUGGGAGAGCAGUUCCAUUUGCUACAGCUGGAGAUUGCUAUAGUGCUGCCAGAUGUCCCCAGGGACAGUUCAGCAUUAAUUUGGCUGGUACAGGUCUGAGAUUAUCCAGUACAGUUAGGUGGAUUGCUCAGGGCAACUAUGCAACUGCUGACAUACACAAAUCCCACGAUGGUACUAAAAUAUAUGGGAAGUGUGGAGGAUUUUGUGGGAAAUGUAUUCCCAACACAGUUAUUGGUCUCAAGCUUCAAAUACAGUGAGAACUUAUGUGGUAAGAACAUCGAAGCACGAAAUCUGUCUUUUAGGUGCGAAUUAUAGGUGCUGUAUACAUAUAUUUUAAUUCUUUUAUCUCUGUAAUGCUCAUUACUGUAAUGCUCACUACUAAGAAUUCCUUUCUGUUUACUUCAGUGUUUAUUCAGGGGUGUGUUAUGUAUUUGUGGUAUAUUCAGGGGUGUGUAUCUAUUAUGAACAAGUUCCUAAACCUUCAGAUUUUAACGGAGAGGCGUUCGUUCAAUGUACAGUGUAUAUGAGCAAGUAAAUUGCACUGAGGUUACUACUGUGGAUAACGCCUUAAACUGUAUCAUAAUUAUUGAAACUUUACCUGCAACUAAUUAGUGCAAUUCUUUAUGCAGUGUUCAGUAAAAUUCAUACUGCACUGAUUUCCUUGAUCAACUACACUAAAAUGUAGAAAGGAAAGAAGGUUAUUGCUAUAUAGAGAAAACAGCUGACAUUUUCAAAUGGUUCCAGUUUUGUGAAACCUGUCAGGAAUUAUGUUCUAUCAGUAAGUUACAGCAGAAAAAUAUGCAACUAAUAUACUUUCUCCCGAGAUAGUUUCUAUGGAUUUGUGCAUUUCUCUGUCAUUUUUUAACCCCACCCCUUUCGUUAUUCUCUUUGUGGUGCUCAAAUACUACCAGUAGUACUGAAACGUAUGGUCAAACUCUGUGGUCUCUGUAGCAGAUGUUAAAAAUCUAGGCUUAGUUUUAUUAUGGGUAAGAAAGAAAGAAAAGAAAGAAAAUACGGAAACAAAUUGCUUGGAAAUUUAAUUUUAAAUCUCUGCCUCUCACCCAAGCAUACUGUAAAAGCAGUGUAUUCAGUUUACCAUGCCAUCUUGUAUGUGAUUGUAUGAAUAUAUAUUUACUUAAACUCUUUCCAUAUACAUCUUAUUCCUUCAUAUUGGCCAAUGGCAUAUUAGUAAAGUCUGCGGCUUGCCUCCCUUUUAUAAUCCAAGUUUCCAGUAUCCUUAGUGAAAAUGCUGGGUAGAGGCAUCAUUAGCCUACCAUUAUGUUUCUUGUCCAUUUUUGACUCAGUUUAAUUUUUGAAUAGUUGUAAAUACAGUUCUAGCAUCUGCUAGUUAAUUUUUUUUUUCCAGAAAAGUAAAUAUAUGAAAGUUACACAUUUUUUAAAAUGACCUAGCUGUUUGAUUUGUUAUUUUGUAUUACUUUACAGUCCAGAACUGUAGCAGUAUAUGCAGUAUAAAGACAAUGUGUUCAGGGCCAACUCUCAGGUAUUCAAAAUGAAAUUUUCUACCUGCUUAAUAACAUAUAUUAUGUACCAGAUAAUUAUACAUACUUUUUCUGACAGUAUGCAUUCUAUACACCAAACACCAGUAAAAUUGGUAGGUCAAAUGGCAGCUAUUUCCUCUUUUUACCCACAAAGAGUUAGCCAUGAUUUAGCAAUACAUAUUAAUUAAAAACAAUACUGUACCGUAUAAGUGUAAGCAGCUGCUUUUUAGAUAACACAUGUAGGUAAUUAUUUUGUGAUCUCUGCAUCAGAAAUGUAUUUUUGCACUA